CUGCUGCAGGAGGAAGCUGAAGCCCCACGGAGUGUCCUGGAGGAGAUUGGCCUGACAUAAACUCCCUCCAUCACUGACCCAACUAUCUCCCUCUCUCUUUACUCUGUUUCUCUUCACGGGGGCCCAAACAUCUUGUUCUCGCUCCGUUAAUGUGCUGUAGUGUUGUCUCGUACUAAAACUCAUGUUGUUCAUGUUACUGGUGCCAAAUGUCUGUUCCUUUUUGUUUUGUACCUCGUCAACACUCACCUUUUGAAACCCCUAGGGUAUAUGCAGCCAGUAGCCACAAACUACACCAAUAAUAACUGAAAUCUCACCCACCUUAAGUCAGUGUUUUGUUGUACAUGACAUGUCCGUGACGGGCACUUUAACUCCAGUCUAGUCUAGAGAACUUAAAACAAUUCAAAGUAUAUCAUAAAGAGUAAGAAACCCCAUUUUUACUUAAAUGGGAUGUUCACAAGUAAAGUAAGCAAAACGAUGUCAGUAUUUUUAAGAAGUGUUACAGUUUAAAGUAUUCAUGUUCAUUUUUUCAUUGUUUGACCAAAGAACACUGUGUUAUAAUCAUAUCGUUUUGAKGAUAAAUGGUGUUUAGGGAAAAAUAUGUGCUCUCUCAGGGUUGGGGUCAAUUCUAUUUAAAUUCCAAUCAAUUCAGAAAGUAAACCAAUUUACAAUUUUAACUCAUUGAAAAUCAUUGAAGGAAAUGUGCAUUGGAAUAUCAGUGUAUUCCUGAAUUUAAAUAGAAUUGACCCAAGCCUUGCUCUGUAUAGCCUGAGUCCCAGAUCUUUGUGCUGUCUUGCUACCUCCUAUGUCGUUCAGUUGGGAAGACAGCACAAACACACCUGGGACUCCGCCCACUCUGCAUGCUUUAAAAGGCAAGGGAAAAGUAACACUGGGGACUCCGCCCACUCUAAAAGGCAAGGGAAGAGAAACACUGGGGACUCCGCCCACUCUGCAUGCUUUAAAAGGCAAGGGAAAAGUAACACUGGGGACUCCGCCCACUCUAAAAGGCAAGGGAAGAGUAACACUGGGGACUCCGCCCACUCUGCAUGCUUUAAAAGGCAAGGGAAGAGUAACACUGGGGACUCCGCCCACUCUGCUCCGCCCACUCUGCAUGCUUUAAAAGGCAAGGGAAGAGUAACACUGGGGACUCCGCCCACUCUGCAUGCUUUAAAAGGCAAGGGAAGAGUAACACCAGUGAAAAUGAACAAAAAGGGAUUCUGUUACUAAUCAAACUUCUAUUCGUCACACAAUGUUUUAACUGUCAAUGAAAAUGCAUUUAGGCCACUUGUUUCGUAGCCUGGUUCUGAACUGAAUGUGAAACUGGAAUAUUCAGUUUGACUCAUAACAGGCUACUUGUUAUGAGGAAGGUUGUGACAUUUGAAGCACAAAUCAUGAGGCACUCCCACUAUGUCACUGCCUGUGCUUAGUGCACACGGACAUGACCAGUUAUUGAARUGUUUACAGAAACCAUGGGUUAAAGAAGCCUAAACCUGUUGCAAUUCCCUGUCUACCGUACAGKCUGCUCCUCCUUUACCAAUGACCAGAAUGGUGUCCUGUUAGGACAUUUAAUGUUCUCUGUAUCUGUCAGCUUGUACUGUAUUUGCUCUUUAACUGUGGUGACAUCCCAUAUGGCACCCUAUUCCCUACAUAGUGCACUACUUUUGGCCAGAGCCUAUGAAGAAGUGCACUAUAUAGGGAAUAGGGCACCAUGUCUUGCUCCUGUGUACAUUAUGAAUCAUUUCAAAAGUAUUGCAUUUCUUUUACACAGACAACUGUCACUACUUCAGUUCUCUUAAAUACUGUAAAUCAUUAAAACAUGUCUAUGGAUUAGCAGAA